AUGGGAAUGGGCACCGCGUUCGACCAGCCGCUCCCUUUUGCCGCGUGGAUGGCUCGACGUUAUCACACUCUCGAGAUGAAGGGCGAUUUGAGGAAGGGCGUUGUCACAGCAGAUCCGGGAGCUGAUGGAAAGAUCCAGUAUAACAUUACUCUGGAGAAGAAUGGCCGGUUCUCAGACGAAGAGGUGCACGACUUUCGACCUGAAUGUGCCGAGGAGUUCCCAGUUGGCGAGUCUGUUAAUGUGCUCUACAUGAUGAAGGGGGAGACAGAAAUCACCAUGUACGAGGACGAUGUGGCCAAGGAGUCUACCAGUGAGCAAAGGCUUCUGACUCGUCUGGGAUAUUUGGAGACCACGUAUCCCACGGGAAGCCGGCGAAACAUGGCGGAAGUCAUGGAAGAGUUGACCUGGUAUUUGGCCAAGGUCACCUGA